GUUGGACGCGUAGCGGCAACGACAAAAAUCUAUCUAGAAGAUACUACUACUUAGGACGACAACCAAAACGGAAAGAUACAAAACAAAGAGCCGCAGUCCAAUUAACAAUGAGCGAAAUAUGAAAACAAAAAACUUUUCGGAAUAAAUAAAAACGCAACUCAAGACGUGACUGGGUCGUCGAACGGUGAAGCAAGCAAGAAGAUGGCUAAGAUGCUAGUGACGGAAAUGACUGCUUAAGUGGCGCACAUCCGGUUAAGCCGGCGGACGGGAAUAAACAAAGCUGAAAACAACAAAAAAGAAAAACCAACAAACAGAAGCAGCAGCAAACAAUCGAACCGUAACGAAACGGCUACAAGAGCCUUUUCUUCUAAACCUUACCCAAAAGUCAUUAACGAAUAGCAAACAAAAGCCAUCUAAAGUCCAAAGGACAUUGCAUUGCGAGAUACUGAGAUUUGGGGCAGAGCGAUGGCCCACAACGACUCGAUUAGUCUGUGGACAACACAAUUGCCAUUGGUCACGUCAACGACUAGCAAUUGGAGUGGCAUGGCCCAUGGAACGGCCGGAACGGAUCCAACAGUGACCGCAACAACAACAGCAACAACAGUUGCCAGUCUAAGUCUGAGCAGCAGCUUGAGUGACGCAGCCGCUGCAGCAGCCAUGGAAGCAGAGAAAUCAGGAGGGAUAAUACAUAAUCAAUUUGUUCAGAUCUUUUUCUAUAUGCUCUACGCUACCGUCUUUGUAUUGGGUGUCUUUGGUAAUGUACUCGUUUGCUAUGUUGUGCUCAGGAAUCGAGCAAUGCAAACCGUAACAAAUAUAUUCAUUACGAAUCUGGCAUUAUCGGACAUCUUGCUGUGUGUGCUGGCAGUGCCAUUUACACCGCUCUAUACAUUUAUGGGUCGCUGGGCAUUUGGCAGGACAUUAUGCCAUUUGGUAUCCUUUGCCCAGGGUUGUAGUAUAUACAUAUCGACACUGACUCUCACAUCGAUAGCAAUCGAUCGAUAUUUUGUGAUCAUCUAUCCAUUUCAUCCGCGCAUGAAACUAUCCACCUGCAUUGGUAUAAUCGUUAGCAUUUGGGUGAUAGCCCUAUUGGCCACAUUACCCUAUGGCAUGUACAUGAAAAUGACCAAUGAAGUGAUCAAUGGCACCCAAUUGACGGGCAAUGAUACGACAUCGGCCAUAGAAGCAUCGAUGAUGAUGUUCCCCACGAAUACCAGUGAUUCUCCGGACGCCACAUCGUCAGCGGCUCAAGCCUAUAUGCAAGUGAUGACCCCCACUGGCGGUGGAGUCGGGGUGGAUUAUACCUACACUCGAGUCUAUUGCGAAGAGAAUUGGCCAUCGGAACAAUAUCGCAAGGUAUUUGGUGCCAUUACAACAACAUUGCAAUUUGUUUUGCCCUUCUUCAUUAUCUCGAUAUGCUAUGUCUGGAUAUCGGUGAAGCUGAAUCAGCGUGCCAGGGCUAAGCCCGGUUCGAAAUCUUCACGGCGAGAGGAGGCUGAUCGAGAUCGCAAGAAGCGUACGAAUCGCAUGUUAAUCGCCAUGGUCGCUGUCUUUGGUCUUAGUUGGUUGCCCAUCAAUUUGGUUAAUAUCUUCGAUGAUUUCGAUGAUAAAUCGAAUGAAUGGCGCUUCUAUAUACUAUUCUUUUUUGUGGCCCAUUCCAUUGCCAUGAGCUCGACAUGCUAUAACCCGUUUCUUUAUGCCUGGUUGAAUGAGAAUUUCCGAAAGGAAUUCAAACAUGUUUUGCCCUGCUUCAAUCCAUCCAAUAACAAUAUAAUCAAUAUAACACGAGGCUAUAAUCGAAGUGAUCGCAAUACAUGCGGUCCACGUUUGCAUCAUGGCAAUGGUGAGGGUGGCGGAGCGGGUGGCCAAGGUGGUCAUGGUGGGCAAGAUGAUGAUCAGGAUGAUGACAAUGGCAUUACACAGGAGACUUGUUUGCCCAAAGAGAAAUUACUCAUAAUACCAAGGGAGCCAACUUAUGGUAAUGGCACUGGUGCUGUAUCACCUAUAUUAAGUGGGCGUGGCAUUAAUGCAGCUCUAGUGCAUACAAAACAAGAGCAGCAACAACAACAGCAACAACAUCAUCACCAACAACAGCAACAACAACAACAACAACAACAGCAGCAAAUGCCACUGCAGCAGGUGGAACUAAUGAGGCGAACAACACGUCGUCGAACCGACGAUGAUGCGGAUUACAUAGACUCGGGAGAUGAGCAGACUGUUGAAGUGCGUUUCAGUGAGACUCCGUUCGUUAGUUCAGACAAUACCACAGGCAUCAGUAUGCUGGAAACGACGAGCACUAGUCAUUGCCAGGACUCGGAUUUGCUGACCGAACUGACUGGCGGUGGCAUGGCAGGAGUUGGUCCUGCCCUUGGCGGAGAUCCGAGUAGACGAUGUAACUGAGACAGGAUUAUCGAAACGCAUUUCUAAGAUGACAAAUUGAAAUCUGAAAUUGUAGCAGAGCCAUGAAAUGUAUGAACCCCCCCGCAAAUCGAAAAUACUGUUGAAAUGGAUCCUAGUCGUAGUAGUCGUCGCCCCAGACCCCAGCCUCCAGUUUCCGUGGUCCCAGUUCCAAUUUUGGUACUGGUUGUAGUAGUUGUAGUAGUCCUAGUCGUAGGUCCUUAGUCUUUAGUCUAGUCUGUGUAAGUCAAAGUAUAUGCUGAUAAAUGCCAAAUCAAGUGACAACGAUGUGAAAAUUGCUGCACAGAGGGAGCAAGGAGAAGGAGAAGGAUGAGGAUGAGGAGGAGGAGGAGCAGAACGAGACGAUAGAAAAAAGAAUGAGACGGUUUGUUGUCUUGGGGCCUCCCCAAAGCAAUUGGCUGAAACAGCUUCACAAAUCGUUGAUAUCAAAUAUGUAUGUAUGUAUGAGUAUGAGUCCGUAAGUGUCUGUGUAUGAAUGUGUGUGUGCCUGGCGGCCAUGGCAUUUCUCUUCGUUCAUUCGUGUUGUAUAUAUAUAUAUAUUUUUUCUUUUUUUUUUAUUACUUUCGUCAUUCAACUCGCGGCAUUUUGUUGCUCCGGUUGUGGCAUCAAGUGAAUCUAUUUUAAAGCCUCCGCCUGCCUUUUGUGAAUUCAAUUUGUGCCUCUAACUGUCACAAGAAGAAGAUUUUUUGCUUG